GUUUGCCUUGAUACUGUUUGCAAAGGGAAGUAAUUCAAAAUGGAUUCCAAAAAUGCAAUGAAAACUUGGGAAAUUAGCAAUAAUAUGGAAAAUAUAAGCGCUUUAGAUGAAAUAUACCGUUAUGACAAGAAACAACAACAAGACAUCUUAACAGCUAAGCCAUGGGAUAAAGAUCCCCAUUAUUUCAAGCAUAUCAAAGUGUCGGCCCUAGCUCUGCUGAAGAUGGUAAUGCAUGCAAGAUCUGGUGGAAAUUUAGAAGUUAUGGGUCUCUUGCUGGGAAAGGUUGAUGGAAACACUAUGAUUGUUAUGGACUGUUUUGCCUUACCAGUGGAGGGUACAGAAACAAGAGUAAAUGCCCAAGCUCAAGCAUAUGAAUAUAUGGCUGCUUACACAGAUGCCGCAAAACAGGUGAAGAGAUUAGAGAAUGCUAUUGGUUGGUACCACAGUCAUCCAGGAUAUGGUUGUUGGUUGUCAGGAAUUGAUGUCAGCACUCAGAUGUUAAACCAACAAUUCCAGGAACCAUUUGUUGCUAUUGUGAUAGAUCCAGUUAGAACAAUAUCAGCAGGUAAAGUUAAUAUAGGAGCAUUCAGGACGUACCCGAAAGGUUACAAAGCUCCUGACGAGGCCCAGUCAGAGUACCAGUCCAUUCCACUCAGUAAAAUAGAGGACUUUGGUGUUCACUGUAAAAACUACUACUCUCUGGAGAUGUCCUAUUUUAAAUCAGCAUUAGACAGAAAGUUGUUAGAAUCUCUAUGGAAUAAAUACUGGGUUAAUACACUCAGUUCAUCAAGCCUUAUCACUAAUGCGGACUACACAACUGGUCAAGUGUUUGAUCUCUCAGACAAACUGGAGCAGUCCGAGGCCCAGCUUGGUAGAGGUGGAUUCAUGCUUGGUAUGGAUACAACUGAGAAAAAAACUGAAGACAAACUUGCUAAAUCUACUAAAGAUGGGUGUAAAACAACAAUGGAGGCUAUACAUGGACUUAUGUCACAAGUUAUAAAAGAUAGACUGUUUAAUCAAGUACAUUUACCUGCCAUGUCCGACUCAACUAAAUGAUAAUAUUAACAAUUUCAUUCUUGUUAUAUGUGUACAAACAACUUAGAAUUGUGUAAACAAGUGCUAAUUGGUGAUAUAAAGUGCUUACAUAGUUACAUGACUUUUGA